AUGAAAGGAAGAAGGAAACAAUCAAAUUAUGAAGCUCUAAGUACGGCUUCAAAGGAGGAAGAAUGCGUUAGUGAGUCAAUGGAAGCUGAGCUGUCGGCAUUCAAAGCUAACAGGGCAAAGGCAGCAUACGCUAAUACGUACAGACUGGAGCCACAUAAUAAAUUUCGGGAUUAUUUAGUAAGAGACAAAACUCAAGCGAUACUAAUGAAUAAACUUCAAGAAACCAAAUACGAUGGAGAUUCAAGUCCCUCCUUGUGUGCUUCAAUCUCAGAAGAAAUAUUAAAGGCUGUGAAGGAACUGAACUUUGACCGUUAUAAGUAUGUGGUAUCAGUACUGAUUGUGCAGAAGGCAGAUCAGGCAAUGAAUGUUGCCAGCAGAUGGGUCUGGGACGCUCAAAGAGACACUUGGGUUUCAGCUAAAUAUGAGACUGAAACAUUUAUUGCACUGGCUUUGGUAAUGGCUUGUUACUACGAGUAA